AUGCGUCCCGACGCCAUCUCCGUUCUCGCAGCCUUCCUCGCUGUAGGCGGUCUUGAGCUCGUCGCAGCUCAAGAUGCCCCCGAAGCCCACGUUCAGCGACCCCGUUGGUACUUCCCGCAGGAAGUCAAGCGAACUAUUCGCAGAAACGCUGAGCCCGAACCUGGCUCAAUCUUCGAUGCCGUCUUCGACAACGUGAUUCCUACCCAAGUUUCUUCAUCCACGGCUACCCCCACCCCCGAAACCACCCCCGAACCCUCGGCCGCCGUUCAGCCCCAGCAGGGACAGGAAGUGGUUAUUGUGACCAUCUCGAUCGACCCCAAGAACCCCGAGAUCACCCAUCGUAUCACUGGUACUACGACCAUUGGCGGUGAACCGACUAGUACCACUACCACGACUACGCAGCAGACAGAGGGUUCGAGCACCGAGAACACGAGUACGCAGAACUCCGAGGCCGCAUCUACCGAUGCGGGAGCCACGAGCCAGCAGGGAUCGGUAGUCGACUCAUCAGCCGAGGCCGCUACUACGUCUCCUUCGGCCACGACCUCUAGCGAUGGUAUCCUUAGUGACUUGACCUCGAAUGUGGGCAGUAUCCUCGGAGUUGAUUCUAUCUCCCCGACUACGACCCCGGUCUCAUCGGCUCUGGUACCUUCGCCUACUUCUGCUGCUGCUGCUGCUGCCACUACGUCCUCGACUACGACCCCGGUCUCCGACUCACCGGCUGUAGUUCCUUCGCUUACUUCUACUGCUGCUGCUGCUACAUCAUCUAGCGGUGGUAUCCUCAGUGAUUUGACCUCGGGUGUGGGUAACCUUCUCGGUAGUACUUCCAUAUCCUCGAGUGCAGUCAUAUCCUCGACUACGACCCCAGUCUCCGACUCAUCUGCUGUGGUACCUUCGCCUACUUCUACUGCUGCUGCUGCUGCUACCACAUCAUCUAGCGACGGUCUCUUGAGUGAUUUGACCUCGAAUGUGGGUAACCUUCUCGGUAGUACUUCCACAUCCUCGAGUGCGGUCAUAUCCUCGACUACGACCCCAGUCUCCGACUCAUCUGCUGUGGUACCUUCGCCUGCUUCAACUACUACUGCUGCUGUAUCCUCUAGCGGUGGUAUCCUUAGUGAUUUGACCUCGGAUGUGGGUAACCUUCUCGGUAGUACUUCCACAUCCUCGAGUGCGGUCAUAUCCUCGACUUCGAUUCCCGCCUCCGGCUCAUCGGCUGUGGUAACUUCGCCUACUUCUACUGCUGCUGCUGCUGCUGCCACAUCAUCUAGCGACGGUCUCUUGAGUGAUUUGACCUCGAAUGUGGGUAACCUCCUAGGCAGUAGUGCUAUAUCCUCGACUGCGAUCCCCACCUCCGGCUCAUCGGCUGUGGUAACUUCGCCUACUUCUACUGCUGCUGCUGCUACCACCACAUCCUCUAGCGCCGGUCUCCUGAGUAAUUUGACCUCGAAUGUGGGCAGUAUCCUCGGAGUUGAUUCUAUCUCCUCGACUGCGGCCCCCGCCUCCGGCUCAUCAGCUGUGGUCAGUUCGCCUAUUUCUUCUGCUACUGCUAUAUCUAGCGGCGGUCUCCUUAGUGAUUUGACCUCGAAUGUGGGCAACCUCGUCGGAGGUGGUUCCACAUCCUUGACUACCCCCGUCUCCGACUUAUCAGCUAAGGUAACUUCGUCUGCUUCUUCUACUCCUUUUGCAUCCUCCAGCGACAGUGUCCUUGGUGACCUAACCUCGGGAUUGGGCGGCAUUCUCGGCGAAUCAACAACCUCCGUGUCUGCGACACCCACUGGAUCUUCUAGCGCCAACAAGAUCAGCAGUGCAGCCUCAAGCAUGGCAAGCUCGGGGUCGGAUCUUUCUGCCCUUCUGGGUUUGGGUGACAAGUCUUCCACCGGUAACAGCACAAGUGCUACUGUGUCCUCCGACCCGUAUAGUUCGCCUACCAUUCCAGUCAGCGUGCCUGCGUUUGCUACUAGCUCACCGUUGGCCACCCCCACCCCCACUGGAACUACAACUCCUGGUGAUCUCGUCGGCAGUCUCGUGUCAAGCGUGGAUUCCAUCCUUGGUGUCACCUCUACUGGCACUGGUAGCACUGCUUUGAUUCCGACUGCGUCUAUUCCAAAUGGUAGUCUUCUGCCGUCCAAGUCGACUGCUCUCAUUCCUGGCCAGGGAGGUACCAACACUGGUGCCAUCCCCACCCCGACCAAGACCCUGGGAUCAGUUCCUGUCCCACAGUCGCCCGGAUCUGAUUCUACCUCUACUUCUGAAUCGGCAACUGUCUCUGGUUCUAGUAUCUGGACUCCUUUCUUAGGUACUACUACCACCGCCGCCUCUGUUCCCGGUAGUGCCUCUUACGAGAGCUCCAAGGUUCCCACCCCCACCCCCACCUCUCACUCAGCCUACAUCCCUCUUCCCGUGUCGACUUCGACGACGAGCGAAGAAGUGAGCACGGCUAAGACCACCGUGGAGUCUCAGACGACAGAGAUGCCUACGCUCUCUACCUCCACCUCCACUUCCACUUCCACCUCCAACGACAAUGACUGGAUGCCAUCGACUAUUCUUAUUGUGCCUACCGUCACCGCCACGGAGAGCUCGACCUCCGGUGAGACUGCGAAGCCCACGGCACCACCAUCGCUCCCUGGCUCUAUCACCCCGUCGAAUGAAGUCACCGAGGCUCCGUCUGACUCUAUCUUGCUCCAGCUUGGUUUCAACAGUCAGCUGCCCUGGUCAUUUGUUGCAACUACACCCUUGUCGUCGUCGCAGAUCUUCAACUAUACCCCCCAGGCUAUUGAGAACGCUUUGCCAAACCUCUCUGCUCAGGACAGCCCUGUUAUGUUUGCUAUUGAGCCUUACUACAACUGGCAGUCCACGGGCUAUAACGCCACCAUUGCUAUCUUCUAUUUCCCUCGUGAUAAGGUCGAUGCCCUGAAAACGCUUAAAGUUAACCCCAAUUCUGCUCUCUACACCCAAGCUAGCGAAUCCAUCCAGUCAUUGAUGUCAAUGGUUGACCCCACAAUUCCCCUCGAGUUCUCUGGAAACUACCCCAGUGGCGAAAGCGACUCGACUGGCAGUAUCAAGAAUGGCGGCAGCGAUGACGGCACGGACAGUGGCACUAACGACAACACCGAUGGCUCUGCCGGAAGCUCCAAGGCUAAGGCUAGCUCCGUGGGAAUCGGAGUCGGUGUUGUGGCCGGUGCUGCCGCUUACGGUGCGGGUAUGUUCUGGGUUGCCCGCCGCUACCGCAAGAGAAAGCAGCUGCACCAGCGCUCCAGCUCUACCGCUGAGCAGAUGAGCCAGGGAGGUUCCGCCGCUGGUUCGAUGUUUGCUUCCGGUGGUCGUGCCCCCAGCCAAGGUAGCCGUGGCACUGCUCGUUCACAGAUGAUCAGUGCUCCCGUUAUGGCAGAGAAUUCUUUGGGAUGGAACUAG